UUAGUAAGGAUGAGGACUCCUUCUAGAUGUAUAUAGAAACAAUAUCAUCAAUUACCAUUCUCAAAGGUAUAGACCAACAAGCCACAGCAGCUGCAUGGGCAGUUCUACACAUUUAAGAAAUUUUUUACAGAACACCCAACAACAAACGGAACAUCGCAGUAGUUUUUUGUAUAUUUAUAUUUAAAUUUCACUUAAACACCUAAAAAUGGACAAAAGGUCAAUUUAUAAGCCCAUUAAUCCACUGCUCUUUCUGCCCUGCGAUCUCGACGAGUUCCGAGAUCCGAAGAAAAAAGUAGCUGCGCUCGCCGCUUGUGAUGUGCCCGAGAAGCUGAGCGCGCAGGAUGAGAUCAGUGUGUCAAGCAUUAUAUCCGCGAUUCUGCGUCCCAUCGAGUCCUCUGCUGAGCAGUACCGCGAAUGCAAUUGGGACAUCAAUGCCAAGCAUUUGAUGCCUGAAAAGCAGGCCAUUGUCUUCCAGGAGCAACUUUUCAUCUCCACGCUGCAAAACACCAAUUGCAAGCUGAGCGAGGACAGAAAGGCGUUCUUGGAAAAGGAACUGGAGCAAAUUGGCAAGUUCUGUUUGAACGUGGAGGAGGCCUUCGACGGCUUUGUGGUGUACAGCAGCAGUAAGAUGCGGAAGGGGAAGGCUCUGACCGAGUGCGGUCAUCAGUUGAAGGGCAAAUACGAUCACAAGUUUCUGUUGAUUUGUGAGAAGCGCAUGGAAUACGAUCGCAUCGAUCAUGCGCGGGUCGAGAAGAUUCUCGAGUUGCGCAAUCAUGCGGAUCAGCAGCUGACGGCCAUACGCGAGACCAAGAUCAACGACGAGAGUAAGAAGUUCAAGGCGAUCAUCGACAUCAAAAAUCAAGAUUAUGUGUUUGUGCUCGAUGGCGGCAUCAUGCUGCUCAUGCGCCACCUCAUUUGCAACAAUUUCGUGGGUCAGUUCAACUAUUUCACUAUGAAUCUCUAUGGUCGCAUCCUCCGCUGCUGCCUGACGCUACACAAGGAGCGGCACGAUGUGUGCAUUUUCAAUCGCACCUACAAGUCUGCCACCAAAAUCGUCACUCAGCAGUUCUUCAACGACGAACUGCAGGACGUGGCCGAGACCUACAUGACGCCGGUAGGCCGCAUUAUAAUUCACUUCUGGCACGGCUAUAACUAUUUGCUGCACUCCGCUGUUGCUCCAGUCAGACCCAAGCCGAAGGAACACAUCGUGCCAAUGAUGGAGGACGUGUGGCGAAUGGACCCACGCAUGAUUGCCAGAUUUGAAGAGGAGAAGGAGAAAAACCAUGAAAGAAAUUCCAGCUACUUGGCCAGACACCCGGAACUGAACGAAUUAGUCCAGGACUAUGUCAACUGUUUGCUCACCUACAAGCCCACCAAUGUUCUCGAGUUCUCCAUCAAGUAUUUCCAAAGUUUUGAAGACUUUUAGUUCACAACAAAAAUUUAGUCAAUGUUUUAAAUCUACUUUAAAUACGGAGCACAAUCAGAACAACUGCAAUUUAUCUUUACAUACAGAUAGAGCUGCCCCCAAACAUACCUCUAUUUGCAUAAUUAAUGAUAGAAAUUUUACUAAGGGCAUUGCUUUUGAACAAAUUUAAUAUCAUGUCGACAGUCAAUGUUUGUUGACAUAAAUAAAUAAAAUAAAAUAAAUAAA